CUCCUGCUGAAGAACAUGGUCGCGCCGGACGAGAUGGACGCGGAGUUCCGAAAAGAGACGCGGUCCGAGUGCGGCAAGUACGGCGCCGUCGAGGCCGACGACGUCUUCCUCGCGCCCCACGCGCCCGAGGACGAGGCCGUGCGCGUCUUCCUCGCCUUUUCCGAGAAGAAGCACGCCAUCCGCGCGUUCCUC